AUGACUUCUCCUUCUCUUUCCCUCCCUCCGGCCCUCGUAGCGCCGAUCUCAAAAGACCACUCUACUCUCCUCUACUCCCUCUCCCUCUACCUCAAAACCCCUCUCCAACCCACCAAGCUCCACCUCGACCUCGGCGCCGCCUUCACCUGGCUCGACUGCACCAAACCCUACUACAACUCCUCCACCUACCUCCACGUCCCCUGCGGCUCCCCUCUCUGCGACUCGCUUCACUCUUUUGCUUGCGGCAACUGCUACGAACCGCCCGGCCCGCAUUGCGCCAACGACACGUGCUCUCUCUACCCGGAAAACCCUGUCUCCGGCAAGGCCACCUUGGACAACGCGCUCCUCGACGCUCUCGCCCUCCACACCACCGACGGCUCCGCUCCGGGUCGACUCGCUCUCCUCCCCCAGUUCGCUUUCUCGUGUUCCACCUCUUCUCUUCUCAAAGGCCUCGCCAAGAAAGUCAACGGCCUGGUCGCCCUAGGAAGGUCAAACCACUCCCUCCCGGCGCAGGUUAGCACCGCCCUCUCUCUGCCUCACUAUUUUGCCCUGUGUCUCUCCGGUUCGGUCAAUGCUUCUGGUGCAGCUUUCUUCGGAUCCAAAGGGCCUUACAUUUUUAACAAAAUCGACGUCUCAAAGUCGCUUAUUUACACUCCGCUGGUUUUGAACCCCGUCACGCGCACCGUAGUGAAGUAUGGUCCUUCCGACGAGUAUUUCAUCGGCUUGACUGCCAUAAAAGUCAACGGGAAAACGGUGCCGUUAAACAACACGUUAUUAAGCAUUGAUCGGGAUUCCGGCUUCGGCGGGACCACGUUAACUACGGAUGCUCCGUACACCGUAAUGGAAACUUCUAUCUUCAAAGCUUUUGUUGAGUUGUUUGUGCGGGAAUCCUCUGCUUUGAACCUCACGAGAACGAAUGUGGUGAAGCCAUUCGGUGUGUGCUACCUUGCGACAGAUAUCGUGAGUACUCGUGCGGGGCCUGCUGUUCCGACCGUUGAUCUCGUGAUGGAGAGGGAGGAUGUGAUUUGGAGGAUUCUAGGAUCGAAUUCAAUGGUCAAGAUUUCGAAGAAAGGAGGAGUGGAGUUGUGGUGUUUGGGGUUUGUGGACGGUGGGGCCAAACCUAGGUCUUCGAUCAUGAUCGGAGGGCAUCACAUGGAGGAUAAUCUCCUGCAAUUUGAUCUCGAGUCCAAGAGGUUUGGGUUUAGCUCAUCAGUUUUGCUCCAAGGAACAAAAUGUGCCGAUUUCAAUUUUGCUUCAGCAAAAGUUAAUUUGUAA